GAGGUGGAGGCUCGCGAAGAUGGCGGCGCUGUGCGAGAGCUUCACGCUGUGCGGUUUGGGUCCCAGCAGCGGCGUCGGCCUCGAGGGCGGUCUCCUGGCGCUGGAGCCGGGCCCCGACCGCGACCACGUCCUGCUCACCGACCGCGGCAGGACGGCCACGCUCUUCAAGGUCUCAGAUCAGAAGCCACUGGGCUGUUGGUCGGUUAAACAUGGGCAGAUUAUCACCUGUCCAGUUGUAUGCAACUUUGAAACUCAUGAAUAUAUAGCGGUUCAUGAUGACAAGGUUUUAAGAAUAUGGAAGAACACAGAUGUGAACUUGGACAAAGUGUUUAAAGCAACGCUUACAGCUGACGUGUACAGAAUACAUUCACUACCCAAAGGAGGGCCAGUGGUACUAUUCAAAGGAGGGGGUGUUCGAACUUUAGAUGUCCUUUUGGAAGCCCCUCAACAAGAGAUUGAAAACAUUAUCUCGGAUGAAGUCAUCAAGUGGAGUGAAGCCUUUAUGGAACGUCAACAACCUGUCUUGAUUUUCACUACUGAGAAAGAUGAGGAUGUUUUUGUCUACGUGCAGAAAUUUAAAAUGAAUAAUCUACACAAAUACAAGCUUGAACAACAGGCAUUAUCUAAGCCACUGAGUUUCACAGCGUAUAUAAAAAAUCAAAUCAUCACACUUCUGUGUUUGUCUUCCAAUGACUCUGUGUACAAGUUUCUGAUACCUCUGCAGCAAAAUACUGAAGAGGAAGAGCAAAUUUUGCCCAGGUCGCUACUCCUGAACCUUUCGGUAUCUGGAAGUGUUCUAAAAGGAACUUCUUUCGUUGUUCUUGAUAAAGACCACAUUGCAGUGUUAGGAAGUCUAGCUACAGCUGGUGAAGAAUCCAAAGAGUGCCUAACCAUAUGGAAUACAAAAUUUCAGACGUUGCAAACUUCAAAGGAGCUGCCCCUGGGAACCAGUGGACAACUAUGGUGUUAUGAGAAAAAGUUUUUUUUUACUCAUGGGAAAGUGCUGACAGUGCUUAUGUACAAGUGUGAAACGUCAUCCUUAGCAGCCGCUGUGGGGAAGCUCAAGGACAGUCAAACCCCUGAUGUGUCUUCGUUUGUAAACUGGAAUACCCUUGGAGAUGAAGAGCUGGUGGUUUCCUUUCAGUCCCAGCAGUCUGUAGCUCUAAAACCUGAGUCCAGAAUGACUUUAAGAUCAAAAAAGAACACUGUUGCUAAAGUACAGCCAGAUACCUUAUCAGUUGGGCAGCUCUUACUAAAUCUGAAAGAUGCUUCUACAACUGUACUUGAAAAUGAAUUGAGACAAUUGAUGUCAAAAGGACAGAUGCCGGAUUUCCAAGCCACUAUUGGAUGUGUAGUAACUGCCCUUAUAAACAGAUGUAAGGCAAAUCCAAAGUACUACCCUCGAAAUUUCCUGCUACAGAUAGUCCAAACCCGAGACUUGUCUUACAGUUUAUGUCCAGAUUUAAUGGUUGUUGCUUUGGAGAAAAAAGAUCUACAUCUCUUACAAAUCUGCUUACAACGGUUUCCAGAUAUUCCUGAAGAAAUUACUUACGCUUGCUUGAAAGUAUUUUUAAGCAUUAGUGAUGCCUAUCUUCAAAGAAUAGAUCUGAAUCUAGAAUCUGUUAUCUGUUACCUUGAUAUCGAAUUCAACAAUAAGGAAGUUAAGACUGAAAUUGUAGAAAAUGGUUUCAGUACGGAGCUGGAACAAGACAUCUGGGAAACUAAAAUCACCAAGAAACCCCAUGUGAUGAGUGAUGGUGAAUCCUGCCCUGUUGGACCCCAGAAGGCAGCGUUACUAAAUGCUAUUCUCCAUUCAGCUUACAGUGAAACAUUCCUUUUGCCUCAUCUGAAAAACCUUCCAGCUCAGCAAGCUGUUCUCUUUCUCAGGUAUUUAUACUACCUGUAUGUGAAAUGCAGUGAAAAAAUUACUACCACUCUUCCUGGAACACACCCUCCAACUGUAAAUCAGAUUAUGGAUUGGAUAUGCCUAUUACUUGAUGCUCACUUCUCAGUUAUGGUGAUGCUACCAGAAGCAAAAGAGUUGCUUUCUAAGCUGCAUAAGUUUGUAAGAGCCCAAGUACGGUUCUACUCUGAACUAAACAAGAUUGAAGGAAGUUUGCGAGAAUUACAAAGACUUAACCACCAGAAGGACCCUCAUACAUAUUCUAUUGAAGUGCUGGAACUUAUUUGAAUUUGAAAUGAAUUAUUAACACAUUUUUUAUUGAUUCCUUUUAUGAUGAGGAUGUAUUAGCACUCCAUAUUGGGGAUGUGAAAAAUUGUUUUCUACAUAGGAGGAGCUCGGUUACUCUGUAGCUUCGUGGGAGUUUUAAGUUUGAAACUCGUGUAUUAAAAGCUCUCUUUUUAACUGGAUGAGAAGCUGGAUGCUUGUUUAUAUUUUCAUGUAUAAUUUUGAUACUUCUACGUAGUGAUAAGAACAUCCUAAAAUACCACUUAGUGUAGGGUAUUUGCAGUAAAGCUUCAACAGAUGUUUCAUCAAAUGAAUUGACUUUAACUUAAUAGUUUAAGUCUCUGAUUAGAUUCUUCAGAGUUCUCUUAUCUCCACGCAGGUUAUGAAGUACAGAUGAACUCAUUUGAGUUUGCUGCUUUGACUUUUCUAUUUUUAAAUUGUUUUUACUUUGUCCAAAGAUGCCUUUGACAUUUACAGACUUAGUUUAAACAGGAAAGGGAGCUUAAGUGUAGGUAUAGGGUUGUUACCUAAUGUUGCUUUCUUUCUCCUGUGUGUCAUAGUAUCACAACUUGGUAGUGUACCCUUUCACUCUCUCCUUUCCAGUCAACCAGCUCCUCUUAUGCUGCUUUUUGAAAAAUAGAAGGGAGGGAGUCGUGUGGCAGUCAGUAGUUAAGAGUCUUGAAUGACAAUAAUCUAAAGCUGAUUUGAUACAUCUCGUAUCUGAUAAGACCACCUGCAUCCAGAAGCUGCUAGUGAGGAGGAAGAGGUACACAGCAGGAUUCAGAUUCCUUCCUCAAAUGAAAGUGCAGCUAUUUAAUAAGAUGCCUUGUUACACUCUUUAUCUCAGAGAUUGCCAUCAGCUGAAGACAACUGUUUUCUCAAGCAGAGAAGCUGCUCCUCUGGAGCAUGCUCUCCUGCACAGACUUGCAGAAUGGAGUUCUUGGAUUUCAGCAUAAUCAGCUGUACUUCAAGACUUCUGCUUUAGAAAUUUCUGAAGCUUUCCGAUGUUGAAAGAUUGUAUCCAAGAUGGUUUCUGCUCUUUAACUAUUCAUCUAUUGAAAUCUCGCCUAUAUAUAUUUGAAGUUUUGGGGGAAAGGAAGCAUAAAAAUAUUCAGAUAAAAUUUGACAGAGUGACCAUGCCACUGAUAACUGCCAGCACAGCUUAGAGCAAGAAUGGUGUCUUGCCUGACAGAUUGGAGCAAAGAACUAAACUAGCUGAAAAUAACUUCAUUUUUUGGAUAAUCAUUCUUCUCUGACAAUAUAAGCAUAUGUCACAGAGGAGACAUCCAGUUUGACUUGGAGUAGGAUGUUGGAAAUAAUUGUUUAAAUAAAAGCAUUUUCUUCCUUUCCCUGGCUAGAACUAGAACACAAGAUGAUUAUGGCUGAAGUGCUAGGUGCAUAACUUACUGAACGUGGGCUGUGUAACUUUGAAACAGUUAAAAACCUGAAGACUCUCUGGAAGUUGGUAUGUUCUAGUUGUAUAUGGAGCUAUUGGAGGUCAGUACCAAAUGUUUGUAGGAGUAAAUUUAAAAAACCACUACAAUGGGCAGCUGAAGAAUCAUGUAGGGGUACUUCUGGCACUGGCAGUAGUUGCUUUUAAUUUUCUGAACAAGAAAACUCAUCUCCUGUUUAAAAUAAGAACAUUCUUACCUACAUCAGUGUCUGUUUUCUCCAAGUACUUUUUCAAGGACUGAACACCUGAAGUUAACCUCCUGUAUAGUGCUUGCUCUAUACAGCUUCAAUUCUAGCAUUUCAAAUUAUGUCUUAGCUUUAGAUUCAAUUUGACCAUCUUUAAAAACACAUAAUGAACUAAAGGUGUGUGAAAGCACCCCUCUUUGAAGGUAUUACAGGUAUAGGUAUCUAUUGAAUUGUACUUCCAAUUCAUUUAAAACUGGCAUGUUAUAAGCUGCUUGUGGGACUGAAUAUUCAUCUAAAUGAUGGAAUGGGGAGAAUGAGGCAGAUAAGCAUAAUGCUAGAUUUUUUUGAAGUCUAGUAUAAAAUUAAUGGUUGGUGACAAGCCUUCAGAGAGUAUAGACUGAUGUCAAUACAUGUUCAGAACAGCAAAUAAGUUAACUUAUUUUUACUAAUAAUGUGAUUGAAUAUUAAUGUAAUUCAGUCUAUUGAUACACUUUGGUUUUCGUCAUACUAAAUAAAAUGGUAAUUG